AGAGAGAGACAGACCGGGGGAAGGGGAAGUGCUACAUAGUUUUAAGGAGCCAGAUCUCAUGGAAACUCUGUCAUGCAACAGCACUUGGGGGAUGGUGCUACGCCAUUAGAAACCAUCCCCAUGAUACAGUAACCUUCUGCCAGGCCCUACCUCUAACACUCAGGAUUAUAAUUCAACAUGAGAUUUGGAUGGGGACACAGAACCAAACCAUAUCACUCUUUAAGGUCAUGUGACUGCCAUGUAACAAAGUAAUCACAGGAAUAUCUCAUCACUUUAACAGGUUCCACAGAUAAGGGUACAACAUGUUUGGAGACCAUUUUAGAAAUUCCACCUAUCACAGUUCAACCUCUGGUCCCCAGACAUUCACAUGCCUCACAGAUGCAAAAUACAUUCACCCUCUCACCUAAGGUUUCCAAGUUUCAUGUUAUACAUUAGUUCAAAGUGAAAAAUGUCAUGUAGCUUUAAUCUGAUCAAAAGUUUAAAAUCUUAUUUAAAUCAUCUACACCAAGUGUGAAUGAGGCUUCUGAGGGUGUCCGUUAAGUACAGAUUCUUUUUAUUUGAGAGUGAGUCUUGGUCUGUCACCCAUGCUGGAGUGCAGUGGUGCGAUCUUGGCUUACUGUGACUUCUGCCUCCUGGGUUCAAGCGAUUUUUUGACUCAAACUCUUGAGUACCUGGAAAUAUAGACAUGCACCACUGCAUUCAGCUAAUAUUUUUUAUUUUUAGUAGAGACAGGGUUUUGCCCUGUUGGCCAGGCUAGUCUGAAACUCCUGACCUCAGGGGUUGUCCUCCUCAGGCUCCCAAGGUGCUAGGAUUUCAGGUAUGAGCCACCAUGUCUGGCCCAAGUACAGAUCCUUGAUAUAAUUCCCUUACUCCCGUUGACCCAUGAAACUGAACAAACAGCUUAUCUGUCCUCAGUGUGCAGUGGUGGGACAGUCACAGAAUAACACUGCUAGUGAUUCUUGUUCAAAAAGAGGGAAAGUGGAGGGAGCAAAGUCACUGAUCCAAAACCAUUUUGACCUGGGGCUGAGCAAAGUCCAGCCAGAAAUUCUUCAUUAGGCUCCACAGCCUGGAACUAACCCUCUGUGACAGGGGGCUUUGCCUCCGGGCUCUGCAUUUUUUUUUAUUAUUAUUGAAAACAUUUUAUUUUUCUUUUCCCCCUACUGUUUUGGUUCUUUCCCUUUCUCCUUGUUGCAUCAUCCCCUGCAGAAUUGGUCAGACAUUUCCUGUGUCAUGGUCCUGACCAUCUCCACAAGGGGCUGUCCUUGUGAGCCCGUGCUCCUCUUCACUCACCUGACCUCUCGCAGUCAUGAUUGCUUUCAGCUGCCCUGGCUGGCUUAGGAGAAAACCUAAGAUUAUGGAGUCCCAGAACCAAUCUCUGCCCUCUCUACCUCCAAGAGAGAAAGAAAAUAACAGGGAUCUUCAUGGAGAAAUGACCCACAGGAGGGCCUGGACUCUCCAGCAGUUACAGCAGCAGAAAGUUUCUGAAGAAGAAUGGAGCCCAGGCCGGGAAAGCAGGGUUGUGUGAAACACUAUUUAAUCCUAUGUGCUCCCUGCCCCAGUCUAGCAGCCAGUGAAUGACAACUGACCAAGUAUAAAGGCCAGGACUGUAGAACUGUGAUAAAGGGUUUGUCCAAGGAAAGGGGCUUUUCCCGUUAUUGUUUUCACAGUGGAAAUUGCUAUUCUUCAUCUAAAGUUUUCCGAAUGGCAGCAGCGAGCUUCUGGAGGGUGAGUUACCUGCUCUGCACAAGGAGGCUGAGGCCAAGACUUGUGUGGUGGAUCUGCUGCCACCAAGUGGUGAGGGAGGGAGCCUGGGAGAGUCUCAGGGUUUCUGGGCUUCAGUGUUUCCUCAUCAGUAAGGUAGAGGCUUAUUGUACCUCUCUGAGGUCCCUUCCUGCUCUGUUUUCUCUGAGCUUCUGAGGAAUUGAGAUGCUUUUCAAUACUGCCUGGGACCUUCAGCUGAGAUCUGACUCUGUGUGUCUCCUGCAGGAGCCUGAGCUGAGUCUAUAGGCUGGAAUCCCAGAGCUGGGGGAACAGGUGGAAGAAAGAAAGCAGGUUUAGGGAAUGAGAAUAAUCCACAAAGGAGAAGCCAUUGGGAGCCUUGGGAGGAGCCUGAAUCACUGAUGGAAUUGGACGGUGCAUGGAGAUGGUUGGGCAGGAUGAGGUCCCUGGCUGUGCCUGUGGUGCCCCAAAUAUCACCAUGGCGGCACCUGGCAGGGUGUGUUCCAGGCAAACCGCAGAGGUGAACUUUCCUGAUAUCGUCGAGAAUUCCUACACCCAGCAGGAAGAGACCAAACCGAGUUUCAGAGACAGCAAAAAUAGACUUCUUCUGAGCCAGGUGGCCUACUUCCAGAACUAUCAGCUGAAGACAGACAAUCGAAAAGACGAUGAAGAACAGAAAUACAGAGACAACAAAAAUAAACUUUUUUUGAGUCAAGUGGCCUACUACCUGGGCUGCCGGCUGAAGACGGAAGUUUCUGGCUUUCUGUGUUGUGCCCCAAAAGUCAACAUGGUGGCAUCUGGCAGACCUCCUUCCAGAAGAAUCCCAGAGGAGAACAUUACAGAAGGCAUUGAGAAAUCUGGCUCACAACAGGAAGAAAACAAAUCGAAUGUCGGAGCCAGCAAAAACAGACUUCUUCUGAGCCAGGUGGCCUACUUCCAGAACUACCGGCUGAAGUCAUACAAAGCUCAAGAAGAUGACGAUGAAGAACGGAGAUACAGAGACAACAAAAAUAAACUUCUUGUGAGUCAAGCAGUCUACUCCCUGGCCUGUCAGCUGAAGAUGGAAGUCCCUGUCUUUCUGUGUUCUGCCCCAAAUGUCAUCAUGGUGGCAUCUGGCAGGGCUGUUGCCAGAACAAUUCCAGGGGUGAACGUUCCAGAAGCCAUUGAGAAAUUCUGCUCCCAGCGGGAAGAUAACAAACCGGAUGUCGGAGUCAGCCAAAAUAGAUGUCUUCUGAGUGAGGUGAACUACUUCCUGAACUACCGGCUGAGGACAUAUGAAGCUCAAGAAGAUGACGAUGAAGAAUGGAGAUAUGGAGACAACAAAAAUAAAUUUCUAGUCAGUCAAGCGAUCUACUACCUGGUCUGUCAGCUGAAGAUGGAAGUCCCUGGCUUUCCGUGUUCUGCCCUGAAUGUCAUCACGGUGGCAUCUGGCAGGGCUGUUGCCGGAACAAUUUUAGGGGUGAACGUUCCAGAAGCCAUUGAGAAAUCCUGCUCCCAGCGGGAAGAUAAACCAGAUGUCGGAGUCCGCCGAAAUAGAUUUCUUCUGAGUGAGGUGAACUACUCCCUGAACUACCGGCUGAGGACAUACGAAGCUCGAGAAGAUGACGAUGAAGAACGGAGAUACGGAGACAGCAAAAAUAAACUUUGUGUGAGUCAAGCGGUCUACUACCUGGUCUGUCAGCUGAAGACGGAAGUCCCUGGCUUUCCCUUUUCGUCCCCAAAUGUCAUCACGGUGGCAUCUGGCAGGGCUGUUGCCGGAAAAAUUCCAGGGGUGAACGUUCCAGAAGCCAUUGAGAAAUUCUGCUCCCAGCGGGAAGAUAACAAACCGGAUGUCGGAGUCCGCCGAAAUAGAUGUCUUCUGAGUGAGGUGGACUACUCCCUGAACUACCGGCUGAGGGCAUACGAUGAUCAAAAAGAUCACAAUGAAGAACAGAAAUACAGAGACAACAAAAAUAAACAUCUUAUGAGUCAAGCGGCCUACUACCUGGACUGCCGGCUGAAGACGGAAGAAAAUGACAAAGACAAGGAUGAGGAUGUUCAUGUUGCAGAGGCUGAGAAAAUCCAGGAGUCACCUGCCCCCAGGGAGGUGCGGAAGCUUGAAGUCAAGAAAGUCCCUGAGGAUUCUCUGGAGGAAUCUGUCAUCACUCAUUUAAAUAGUUAUGGCCCUACUGACUCCAGCCAGCCUCACAGAGACACCAAUGAAGAAACCACAUUUGACGAAGACAGCAUUGACUCUGGGCUAGUUGUACAGAGUGCAUCAUCUGAUGAUGUAGCGGAGGAUGCUCUCAUCAUUCUUACAGAAGAUCGAAAAGAUGACGAUGAAGAACAGAAAUACAGAGCCUGCAAAAAUAAACUUCUAAUGUGUCAAGUGGCCUACUACCUGGGCUGCCGGCUGAAGACGGAAGUCCCUGGCUUUCGGUGUACCGCCCCAAAUGUCAACACGGUGGCGUCUGGCCGGCCUCCCAGAAAAAUCCCAGAGAUGAACGUUCCAGAAGGCAUUGAGAAAUCCUGCUCCCAACGGGAAGAAAGCAAACCCAGUGUCGGAGCCAUCAAAAAGCGACUUCUUUUGAGCCUGGUGGCCUACUUCCUGAAGUACCGGCUGAAGUCAUACAAAGAUCGAAAAGAUGACGAUGAAGAACAGAAAUACAGAGACUGCAAAAAUAAACUUCUAAUGUGUCAAGUGGCCUACUACCUGGGCUGCCGGCUGAAGACAGAAGUUCCUGGCUUUUGGUGUACCGCCCCAAAUGUCCACACGGUGGCGUCUGGCCGGCCUCCUUCCAGAACGAUCCCAGAGGUUCAGAACGUUCCAGAAGGCAUUGAGAAAUCCUGCUCCCAACGGGAAGAAAGCAAACCCAAUGUCGGAGCCAUCAAAAAGCGACUUCUUUUGAGCCUGGUGGCCUACUUCCUGAAGUACCGGCUGAAGUCAUACAAAGAUCGAAAAGAUGACGAUGAAGAACAGAAAUACAGAGACUGCAAAAAUAAACUUCUAAUGUGUCAAGUGGCCUACUACCUGGGCUGCCGGCUGAAGACAGAAGUUCCUGGCUUUCGGUGUGCCGCUCCAAAAGUCAACACGGUGGCAUCUUGCCGGCCUCCUUUCAGAACAAUCCCAGAGGUUCAGAACGUUCCAGAAGGCAUUGAGAAAUCCUCCUCCAAACGGGAAGAAAGCAAACCCAAUGUUGGAGCCAUCAAAAAGCGACUUCUUUUGAGCCUGGUGGCCUACUUCCUGAAGUACCGGCUGAAGUCAUACAAAGAUUGUAAAGAUCACAAUGAAGAACAGAAAUACAGAGACUGCAAAAAUAAACUUCUAAUGUGUCAAGUGGCCUACUACCUGGGCUGCCGGCUGAAGACGGAAGAUGAUCAAAAAGAUCUUGAUGAAGAACAGAAAUACAGAGACAGCAAAAAUAAACAUCUUAUGAGUCAAGCGGCCUACUACCUAUAUUGCCGGCUGAAGACGGAAGAAAACGACAAAGACAAGGAUGAGGAUGUUCAUGUUGCAGAGGCUGAGAAAAUUCAGGAGUCACCUGCCCCCAGGGAGGUGCAGAAAGUUGAAGUCAAGAAAGUCCCUGAGGACUCACUAGAGGAAUCUGUCAUCACUCAUUCAAAAAACUCUGGCCCUACUGACCCCAGCCAGCCUCACAGAGACACCAGUGAAAUCAAAUUUGAGGAAGACAGUGUUGCUUCUGUGCUGGCUGAAGAGAGUGCAUCAUCUCAUGAUGUAGCGGAGGAUGCUCUCAUCAUUCUUUCAGAAAGUCAAGGUGAUGUUGAGGAAGAGGAGGAGAAAGGGCCAGUGCCCCCCAGGAAUCUGCAGGAGUCUGUGGAGGAGGAAGCCCCCCAGGAGUCCUGGGAUGAAGGUGAUUCGACUCUCUCAGUUCCUCCUGGCCCAUCUGCCUUCAAUGAGACUUUGAGGAGCAACUUGCACUCAUUAGAGGAGCAGCAAGUCAUCUCGGCUGUUGACAUAGACAAGAUUAAAAAUGACGACGAAGAAGAAGACCAAGGCCCACCAUGCCCCAGGCUCAGCAUGGAGCUGGUGGAAGCAGAAGAGCCUGAAGUCUUCCGGUACUCACUGGAUGUAUUGUAUUCAACAUAUACAGCUUAUCCUGAGUUUUGUUACACAGGCCAGGCUUACACAUAUGUUAUUUUUUUAUUUGUGGAAGAGCAUGUUCGCUUGACUUUGGACAUGGACAGUAGGUUUCUUACUACGACGGUGACAAGACUCCCCCUGGUCUCCCGGGUAGGGGUCAUAUUUCCACACUAAGACAACAUGUCAUAUGGGACUCUGCCGGUGCAGAGUAUGAACAACACCAUGUUCUGGCUGAAAUGCUUAGCCUGAGUUCCAUAGCCUGAGGUAAUCUCCAGACAACUUCAGAAUGUAGAGCAGUGAGCAGCAGAAGUGACCUUUCUCCUUCAGAAAGCCCAUGUCACCACAAAUCACACAACCAAAAGGAGAAGAGACAUUUUGGGUUGAAAAAGAGUAAAAAGAUAAUGUAGCUACAUUUCUUUAGUUCUUUUGAACCCAAAGUGUCUCCUCACCUUUUGUUGUUGUCAUUGAUGGUGGUGACAUGGGCUUGUUUGUAGAGGACAGGUCAGCUGUCUGGCUCAAUGCUCUACACUCUGAAGUUGUCCAAAAAUGUCCUCAUGAUUAAAUUCAGCCUAAGUGUUUUUCUGGGAACACUGCAGGGUCAAUGCUACCUCACCCAUCUGCAGGCAGAGAAGGUCCCGUGUGUCUCCCACCAUGAUUGUGAUACCAGGACUGUUCCACCAUUUGUCUACCACCAUGUUUGUGAUACUAGGACUGUUCCAUCAUUUGUCUAUUGCCAUGAUUGUGAUGCCAGGACUGUUCCCCAUUUGUCUACCACCAUGAUUGUGAUACCAGGACUAUUCCACCAUUUGUCUACCAUGAUCAUGGUACCAGGACUGUUCCACCAUUUGUCUACCCCCAUGAUCGUGAUACCAGGACUCUUCCACCAUUUGUCUACCAUGAUCAUGGUACCAGGACUGUUCCACCAUUUGUUUACCACCAUGAUUGUGAUACCAGGACUAUUCCACCAUUUGUCUACCACCAUGAUUGUGAUACCAGGACUAUUCCACCAUUUGUCUACCACCAUGAUCGUGAUGCCCAAUCUGUACCAUUCAGAGACACCUUAGUUAUACCGAAGUAAUUGGAAAAAUGGUUUUUAAAAGUAUUAAUAUGCUGUGUUCAAAUGAUCAUCCCCUAAACAUUUUAUUCAUUAAUCAUCCCUGGUGGUGUCAAUUAUUAUAUUUAUAUCUCUCUACUGGAAAUUUUCAAUUUUUACUGUAUCUUUGCUUUUCCUAGUUUCUGUUGUUGGAAAAAAGUUUCCUGCCUGCAUUUUAAUUUUUGCCAAAGUUAAUUUUAAUGUAUACUAUUAAAAUUUUUUCUCUUAAGACUGUCAGCACAUAAGGCCACAGCAAAACAGAGAAUUCCCUGAUUUUGAAGCCUUUGUUAAUUUGUGGCUGACAAGAGAUGUAGUUUUCUUAGUUAGCUGGUAAUAUCUAUUUAAGUGAGCAGCCAGGGAAAUGUCUAUCAGACUAAGGACAUGCAAAGCCCAGGCCAUUCUCCUUGAGUCUUUUAAUCUAUUUCAAAAGAGAAGAGAAUAGGUAGAUUCCACAUAUGUGGACAGGAAGGAGAAUACACUAAAAGCAGCAGACAACUAUUUCCCAAAACAAUAGAAAAUAAGAUUUAAAUAAACAUACACCAUUAAAAUUCAUUAAACAUUUUCUCAUGAAAUGUAAUCUCUCUAAACUUACCUGUUAUAUGGAAGUCAGUUCUUAAUAUUCCACACUGCAUUGACUGUUGACAUUCAUAAGAACGUAUUCCAAGUUUAUUUGAAAAAGCAAAUGGACUGUAAUCCUUUUUUUUUUUUGCGGUGAUCUUUUUAAGAUUGAAGAUUGUUUUCAAAAUAAAACCAAAGAUUUUAAAGAUUGAAAAUGACAUUAAAAUUUAUCUUCUCAAAGUAA